AUGCCCUCUGCGCAGCGCUCCGGACGCACCGGCACCCUCGAACUAUUCGGCCUGAUAUUCAUAAUGCAGUGCUAUGCUACACGUAAGGAAUCGAGGCCAGCUGAGCAAACGCCCUCGCAGAGCCCGUCUGAUGAUCUGCUCAAACACCCGACGCGGUCCUUCACGCUUCCACUGGGCUCCCGGUACGUCCUCAGCUGCACGCGCCUGUAUCACCGCACUUCUCCCGGGGGCAUCUUCCACUUCUGUAUUCCGAAACCUGCACCGCCCGCGCGAGCGUCAGCCUCCGGGAGCAUCAAGCGUUCACACCCUCAAUCGCGCGCACGCUCAGCGACGGACGGACGUUGCUGGCGACGCGGUUUCGGGGCGCGCUUGCCAUACAUGUUGCUCAAGACCCGCGAGCUGCGCGUCUCACCCCGGCUCAGCGCGCUUGGCGGCUUCUAG